CAACGGAACAUGAAAAGGCGAUGCUUGUUCGCUCGUCCCCAGCGCCAUGCCUUAACCAAAGGCGCUGGGUUUGGGCAAACGUAUAUCAAGCACGCUCAUUGGUUCGUGUAGUGUGAGGAAGAAAGCUCUGUCCAAUCACACUGAUAGGGCACAAUAGACACUCCACGCAUGAUGUACUUCCUGAGCAAGAAUUUACCCAUGCUGAUUAGCCCACCCCAGAUCAAUCAAUCCACCAUUGCUUGGGAAAGAGGUUGGAUACAUUGUUACCGAAAACGGCAAGGAUUCUGAAAAUAAUGGCGUCCAACACCACCCAGAAAACCGUUCCGAAGCAGGAGUCAGAGACAUCUUCAGAUAUGCCACCAAUUAAUGAGGUGACCCUGCGUAAAUUGGCGGAAAACCUUCCGAACUGGGAACAAGUUGCAUCUUAUCUGAAAAUUACAAAUAUUAGAGUUGGUCGACUGAAGGCGGAAUGUCCCGGUAAUAUUGACGAGCAGAUAUUCCAGAUGCUGCAUAUUUGGUAUAGGCGCUUUAACCUGGCCGCAAACAGGCAUCAAAUGGGAGAAGAGUUAAUUGACGCACUGAAACAAGUCGAUGGGACGGAAGAUCUGAUCGCAUGUUAUCUAUCAGGAAACAUGAAGUAACGCCAAAUUUGAGAAACCACGAGACUUGCGUUGAGAUCAAGAUUCAAUUUAAGGAGACGCAAGUUAUUCUCAUCACACUGACCUAGUAACUGAUUGUCAAACUUUAAACAUUAUUAUUGCUUCAUUUACUCAGAUUUGUCAUAGACUUUAUCACAAUAAUUACUCGGUACGCGCGCGUUAUGCGAAGAACGAGGUGCAUGCUGGUCUAGCUAGUAAUCAAGUUUGAUCGCUAGCUAGACCAGCAUGCACCUCAUUCAACAGUAAGCGCGUGCGCAAUAGGUACUUUGCGAAAAGUUUCUUUUGUUGCAUUUAUUUUUUUUUCAUAAUGGGAA